UUCACUUCACUGCCAUUUUGUCGUUUGCGUUGUAUAGUUUCAGCUGUCUUCACUUUAAAUGUUGUAAUAUUAUUGUGGAUUUUGCAUCCAGCUGUCAUUUCUGUCACAUUUCUGCCUGUCAGGAUGAUCCCGACCGAAGACGCGUCCGCUCGCAAGCGAGAGAUCGAGGACAAACUCAAACAGGAGCAAGAAACUUUGUCUUUUAUUCGUGAAAGCCUGGAGAAGAGUGAUCAACUCACUAAAGGAAUGGUGUCCAUCCUGUCCUCGUUUGAGAGCCGUCUGAUGCAGCUGGAGAACUCCAUCAUCCCGGUCCAUAAGCAGACGGAGAAUCUGCAGCGUCUGCAGGAGAACGUGGACAAAACUCUCUCCUGCUUGGAUCACGUCAUCAGUUAUUAUCACGUGGCCAAAGACACCGACAAGAUCAUCCGGGAAGGGCCUGCAGGUCGUCUGGAUGAGUAUCUGGCCUGCAUUGCAAAGAUCCAGAAAGCCGUGGAGUAUUUUCAGGACAACAAUCCCGACAGUCCCGAGCUCAACACAGUGAAAGCACGCUUCGAGAAGGGGAAGGAGCUGCUGGAGGCGGAGUUUCGCAGCCUGCUGACGCGCUACAGCAAGCCAGUGCCGCCCAUCCUCAUCCUGGACGCCAUCGGAGGAGACGAGGACAUGGAGGUGCAGGAGGACGUGACGCUGGAGCACCUGCCCGAAGCCGUCCUGCAGGACAUCAUCUGCAUCUCUGCCUGGCUGGUGGAGUACGGACGCAACCAAGACUUCAUGAACGUGUAUUUCCAGGUGCGGUCCAGUCAGCUGGAUCGGUCCAUUAAGGGACUGAAGGAGCAUUUCCGUAAGAACAGCGCCACCUCUGCCAUGCACUCGCCCGCCGUACAGACCAAACGCAAGGAGACGCCCACCAAGAAGCCUCCCAAAAGACCAGUCUACAUCCCAGGCACGAUCCGUAAGGCUCAGAAUCUGCUCAAACAGUACUCUCAGCAUGGCCUGGAUGGGAAAAAGGGUUCUAACCUCACUCCUCUGGAAGGUUUCGAUCAUGACCUGCGUGGGGUUAAGCACCUGUCUGACGACAAGCAUGGGGCGGCUGCAGGUGAGUCUGACCUCAGAGAUUAUGAAAAAACACAAGUGCUGAGUAAUGAUCCUGAUAAAGAGUACAACAUGCCGAAAGACGGAACCGUACAUGAGCUCACAAGCAAUGCCAUCCUGUUCCUGCAGCAGCUGCUGGACUUCCAGGAAACAGCAGGAGCGAUGCUGGCCUCUCAGGUACUCGGGGACACUUACAAUAUUCCUUUAGACCCCCGAGAGAGCAGCUCGUCUGCCAGCAGCUACAGUUCAGAGUUCAGCCGGAGACUCCUGAGCACAUACAUCUAUAAAGUCCUCGGUAACCUGCAGCUGAAUCUGUCAAAUAAAGCUAAAGUGUAUGAAGAUCCGGCCCUGCGCGCCGUCUUCCUUCACAACAACUACAACUACAUCCUCAAAUCCCUGGAGAAGUCUGAGUUGAUUCAGCUGGUCGCUGUGACCCAUAAGAAGGUGGAGGGUUCGUACAGAGAGCUCAUCGAGCAGGAGAUCCAGAAUUACCAGCGCAGCUGGCUGAAGGUCACAGAGCAUCUGACAGAGAGAAACAUCCCAGCAUUCCAGCCUGGAACCAAACUCAAAGACAAGGAACGACAGAUCAUCAAGGACAAGUUCAAGGGUUUUAAUGAGGGUCUGGAGGAGCUGUGCAAGAUCCAGCAGGGCUGGGCGGUUCCUGAUAAAGAGCAGCGGGACGCCAUCCGUCAGGCUGAGAAGAGAGUGGUUUCAGAGGCGUACAGAGCCUUCCUUCAGCGAUGCGCGAACAUCUCAUUCACCAAAAACCCAGAGAAGUACCACCGCUACUCACCGGAGCAGGUGGAGGAGAUGAUUGACAAGCUCUUUGACACCUCAGCCUAGGCCACGCCCACUCCGUCACCAUAGCAACGGAGUCUCUGGUUUCCUUGGCAACAAACAUGCGACUUUCUCCUGUAAGACAGUCUGCUUCAUAACACACUACACAACUGGAACAUCUUCGUUCGUUUUUGCUUGCUUUUUGUAUAAAUGUAUUUAUGUAUCUGUUUUUGGGGGGUUAACUGCAGUAAUAAAUAGAAUUCACUCAAUUCUUCAGUUUUUGAAUUAUGCUGCGUUUAUGAGACCAUGACUGUUUCAAACACAGAAACAAACACACACUACAAACACAGGUGUAGUGUGCAGUAAAAACAUCAGAAGUUGCA